AGCACAAGGAGUGUCAGAUAUCACAGAGUUUUCUUCAGAAUCAGGUGACACACUGAAAUUCUGUUGUGAUUAUUCAUAAUCGAAACCCUCUGGCUGGAUUAAGAAAAAGACGCUGAAGUCCGAAACUCUUGAAGAUAGGAGGAUCUCCUUUUGAAUAAUAGAGAGAUGGAUGCGGGGCCAUUUAGCAGGAAACAGUGGGCAACACAGUCCUUACGGAUCACAGCCAAAGAGCUCUCACUGGUUGGGGGUCGUGGCAAAAACAAUGCCAUCACUGAGCGCUUUUCCAAAUAUCAGAAAGCCGCCGAGGAGGCGAGCGCAGACAAGAAAAAAUCGUCUGUUGAUAGUUUGUCGGUCCGAUCGGGAACCCUGAGUGCGCUGAAGAAACGCUGGGAACGACCGGCUCUGGAGAACUCUUCUCUUCAGCUGAGCGUGGCUCCUUCUGUUUCCCGCAAACCCAGCGUUCGACCAGAACCACCCGCUUCCUCAAGUAAACCCGUGCGACAGCCCAGCCUGAGCCAGGAGCCAACGUCCCAUGAGAGACCUGCCAAAACAAAGGCAGACGUGAAGACUGAACAAAAGAAGCGGGCAGAAGAGAAGGAAGAAAACGAGUCUGCAUCCGAUCCAUUUUCUCCAUCUUCCCCUUUGGAGAAACCAGUCUUGCCUCUCAAUAACCGCAAAAUGAUGUUUGAAAAGGCCAAAAGCAAGGAGCAAACAGAAGUGAACAGCACCUCAGAGGACAUAGACACACACAUGGCCAACAAAGGUCCUUCCAGUCUGAAGCGCAGCGCCUCUGUCAGGGACCGCAUGGCGAAAUAUCAGCUCGCGGUCAGCAGACAGGCUCCCGUUACUGUGCCACGCUCGGCAAAGCAGUCGGAAAGCGAGGACAGCGUUCCCGUCGUGGAUCAUAAGGAGAUCUCGCCUCCUGCUGGUGAUGGACAGACAGUGAAAACACUCCCUCCAUCAAAUUGUGCGAAGAUCAAUGGAGAGCAUGUACACACAGAGAGUCCCAGCACUGCACACCCUGCGUCAGAGAGCAAGGACCCUCCUAAAGUGCUCAGGAAAUUUAAUCUGCCUGUCCAGGAAAGAUGUGUGUGCUGCCAAAAGACUGUUUACCCGGUGGAAAAACUUAUUGCCAACCAGCAGAUUUACCAUAUAACUUGCUUCCGCUGUGCCUUCUGUAACACCAAACUCAGCUUGCUGUCUUAUGCUUCCCUGCAUGGCAGCAUCUACUGCAAACCUCACUUCAGUCAGCUCUUCAAAUCUAAGGGCAACUAUGAUGAGGGCUUCGGCCACCGACCGCACAAGGAAAUGUGGACACCACGAGCAAACGACGAGGGACCCGAGGGGAGUGAAAACUCAAAGCCCUCUGAGGCAGAGCCUGUGAACACCAAACAACCAAAAGUACAUGAUCAACCAAAAGUACAACCAAAGCCCAAAGCGGAGGAGUCACAACCAGCCAAAUACACUGACGUGACUGCAGCUCAAGAGACCAGGAGUCAUGUGACCAGCUCCACGGAAAAACCACACACCGCCUCUGUGGAAACCAGAAAACUGAGAGUUGCGUGGCCACCUCCUGCGGACAACGAUGGAAGCGCCAAAGUGUCCAGUCCAGUCGCUGAAGUCGGGAAGAAUCCAACCAAGCUUUUCCGAGCAAAGUGGCCUCCGGAGGAAGAAGCUCCACCAGCUCAGAAGAGCUCAGAGAGAGCAGAACUGAAAAGCCUGAGGCGAAGCUCGUCUCUCAGAGAGCGCAGCCGGCCCUUUUCUGUGGCUCCAAGCCUGACAUCAACCAAUAAACCACAGCAAGAGGUGCCCGCAGUCAGACGAGGCUCGCUGGAGGAGCUUCGCUCGCUGUCAAAGGCCAAAACUGAAGUCAAAAUCCCAGAUAAAGAGGUGAAAAUCCCAGAUAAAAAGACAAAGGACACCGACAGCCUAUUCAAAGAGGAUAUUCCUGUGAAAAUGGAGAGGAAGGAGAAGAUGCCCUCUUCCAUUCUCAAAGUGACACAACCAACCCAAAAAGAGGCUGCUCCCAAACAAACAAAUGAGGAGUCUCAGCCAAAACCAACAAAAAAAGAGCCAGAGGAAAUUCAUCCUAAACAAACUGAUCUACAACAAAGAAAUGAGGAGUCUCAGCCAAAACUAACAAAAGACGAGCCCGAGCUCCAACAGCAGAGGCCUUCGAGAGCUCGUGUGGAAGAAGAGGAGAAAACAUCCACGACUUCUCCUGAGCUCCAGGACACAUCCGUGGAAGAAAAAGCCCAUCGGAAGUCCCAGGACGUGGGCUUCUGGGACGGGGAGGAGGCCCUGACCGUGGAGGAGAUGAUCAAGAGGAAUCGCUACUAUGAUGAUGAAGAUGACGAUGAGGAGGAAGUGGCACUGGUUUGACAAUAUAUGUCAUUAAUCCCUUUCAACUUUUAUUCAGUCUGAAAAUAUAAAUGGUAGAGAUCUGAAAAACCAACAUAAUUAGAAAACAAGUACUUUAUUACAACCAAGUAAGUGUGUGUGUGUGUGUGUGUGUGUGUGUGUGUGUGUGUGUGUGUGGUACUGUACAUCUUUUUCUAUGGACCUCUUUCUUAUAAGAGCUCGAAAGUAUUUUUUUUUCCUUUAUAAAACAUAAAAGUAUGUUUUGUUUCGAUUGCUGUAUAAAAAUGACUUGUUUACGAAAAAGUUUUUAAAAAUCACUAUUAUUGUUUCUUGAUCUAAGAAUGUGUGUUGAUCCCAGUUAAUUAACAAAUCUAAAGAAUCAUAAUAUUCUCAGACAGUUAAUCAGUGAGCCAAACACAUUUUGAUUAGUCUUCUAGCCCAUAUCUCAAAGCGUUUUCCACUGUUUUAAAGAUUAUUGGACAAUUACACAAUAAACAUUACCAAAACUUUA